AUGUGCGUCCUGCCGGAAGUGGCAACCCCGGACCGCAGGAUCCCCUUCCGUGAGAAGAUCUUGUGGACGGGUAUCUCUCUGUUCGUCUUCUUGGUGUGCUGCCAAAUUCCGCUGUAUGGUAUCUCGGCCAACAAGUCCACCGACCCCUUCUACUGGAUGCGGGUGAUUCUGGCAUCGAACCGUGGAACCCUGAUGGAGCUGGGCAUCUCCCCGAUCGUCACCUCAGGCAUGGUGAUGCAGCUGCUGGCAGGGUCCAAGCUCUUGGAGGUGGACCAAUCGGUGAAGGAGGAUAGAAUGCUCUUCCAAGCAGCCCAGAAGCUGUUCGGCAUGGUCAUCACCCUUGGGCAAGCCAUGGCAUACGUCCUCAGCGGCAUGUAUGGUCCGGUGAAGGACCUCGGUGCCGGCAAUGCCAUCCUGAUUAUCCUGCAGCUCUUCUGCGCCGGGGUCAUCGUGCUCAUUUUGGAUGAGCUGCUUCAGAAGGGCUACGGCUUGGGUUCAGGUAUCUCCCUCUUCAUCGCGACCAACAUUUGUGAGACAAUUUGCUGGAAAGCCUUCAGCCCCACCACUAUGAACACAGGCAAAGGCCCUGAGUUUGAGGGUGCAGUGAUUGCACUCUUCCACCUGCUGAUCUCAAGGAGCGACAAGAUAACUGCGCUGAAAGAAGCUUUCUACCGGCAGACCGCUCCAAACAUUACAUCGCUCUUUGCCACAAUACUGGUCUUCUUCUUCGUGAUCUACUUUCAAGGUUUCCGCGUGGACCUCGCGGUCAAGAACCAGAGGGUCCGGGGCAUGACGGGAUCCUAUCCAAUCAAGCUCUUCUACACCUCCAACAUCCCGAUCAUUCUGCAGACGGCGCUGGUCUCCAACCUGUACUUCUUCUCCCAGUUGCUUUACAAGCGCUUCAAGGCGAACAUGUUCGUUAACAUGAUCGGUCAAUGGCAGGAGACCGAGAUCACCGGCCAGUCGAUCCCCGUCGGUGGCCUCGUGUACUACAUCUCACCGCCGCACUCCUUUGGGGAAGUAUGGGAGGAUCCCAUCCAUGCCCUCUUCUACGUCGUCUUCAUCCUGGUGUCCUGCGCGCUCUUCUCCAAGGCCUGGAUCGACGUCUCGGGCUCCUCCGCACGCGACGUGGCGAGGCAGCUGCGGGAACAGCAGCUCAUGAUGCCAGGCUACCGAGACUCCGAUCUGCCCAAGGUGCUCAACCGCUACAUCCCCACGGCUGCCGCCUUUGGCGGCGCCUGCAUUGGCGCGCUCACGAUCGUCGCCGACUUCCUAGGUGCGAUCGGUAGCGGCACCGGGAUUUUGCUGGCGGUGACGAUCAUCUACGAGUAUUUCGAGAAGAUCUGCAAGGAAGAGGGAGCUGGAGCUUCCAUUUUCUUCUAG